GCACUUACCGAAACAGAGACCAGGUAUGCUCAAAUAGAAAAAGAAUUGCUAGCAAUUGUAUUUGCUUGCGAUCAUUUCGAGGCGUACAUCUACGAUCGAGAACAAGUUAAUAUCGAAACAGACCAUCAGCCAUUGGUGUCGAUCAUUACCAAGCCGUUAAACAAAGCACCAGAUAGGCUUCAACGAAUGUUACUUCGGUUACAAAAAUAUAGCCUCCGAUUGAAGUAUAAGAAAGGCCCGGAGAUGUAUUUGGCGGACACACUGAGCAGAGCAUACCUACCAGAAGUCAAUGUGUGCGAGUCCAUCCAGAAACUAGAGGAAGUGGAUCACACAUCCACAUUGGCCAUUCCUGCUGACAGAAUAGAACGUUUGAAGCAAGCAUCGUCGGAGGAUCCCGUUUUGGACGUGCUGCGACUCACCGUUUUAAAAGGUUGGCCCGAAACGAAAUCGGAGGUACCAGAGAGCAUACAUGCAUAUUAUGACAUUCGUGACGAAUUGACAGUGCAAGACUCGUUGAUCUUCAAAGGACAACGAUUAGUGAUCCCAGUGGCGUUACGGAAGGAGAUGAUUGAAUUGGUCCACACUACUCAUAUUGGAGUGGAGGGAUGCCUCAGACGGGCAAGAGAAACAAUGUAUUGGCCACGAAUGUCGACGGAGCUCAAAGAAUACAUAUCGAAGUGUGAUGUGUGUGCAAGUCACCGAGUCAUGCAAGGCAAAGAACCUCUCCAGCAGCACAGAUUUGCAGCCCGACCAUGGUCAAAAGUGGGAGCCGACUUAUGUGAGCUAAAAGGACGUACAUUACUUGUGGUGAGUGAUUACUUUAGUAAUUACGUUGAAGUCGAGAAUGUUAGCAAACCCAAUACAAAUGGGGUGACCAAGCCGUUGAAGGCCAUGUUUGCAAGGUGGGGUGUGCCUGAAGAGUUGGUGUCAGACAACGGCCCACAAUUCAGCUCAACAGAGUUCGCAGAAUUUUCAAGGAAAUGGGGUUUCGAACACACCACAUCAUCCCCACACUACCCACAAUCGAAUGGGAAAGCGGAAAAUGCGGUCAAGACUGUAAAACGGUUAUUUACCAAGGCCAGAGAAGCUGGCCAAUCCGAAUUCCAGGCUCUACUAGACUGGCGUAACACACCCACAGAAGGAAUAGGCACCAGCCCAGCGCAACGGUUCCUUGGUCGCCGAUGCAAAACACUCCUUCCCACAACCAGAGCACUAUUACAACCUCAGUACUCAACAGAGAAGGACACGCAAGCGAUAAACCAGCAGAAAAAACGUCAGGAACUCUAUUACAAUCGUCAAACCAAAUCACUAACACCGUUGACCUCGGGAGACACAGUGAGAUUGCGCUUACCUGGAGAGAAAACUUGGAGUGCUGGUGUCUGCACAGGACUAGUUGGCCCCAGAAGCUAUAAAGUCCAAGUAGGUGGUCACGAGUACAGACGAAACCGCCGUCAAGUGAUUCAAACUGAGGAACCUCGAGAGAUUGAGCUCCCAGAAGCUAUAGUCCAAGAAGAGCAGCCAAGUAGUGAACAGGGACCUGCCCCGAACGAUACCACAAGGAAUGUGUCCCCUCAAUUAGAAACUAACAUACCCAAACCUGUACGCAGGUCUGGACGAAAUCGGAAAUCUCCAGAUUGGUUCAUGAACUAUGUCCCAGCAUAGGACAGAACACAAGUACGCGUUAUUAUGUAGCCUGUUAUUACCUUUAUUGUUAAAUGUAGUCAUUAGAAUUAUGGGUCACUAUUAUUUUUCUAUGGACCAUUAUGUUAAUUUGUUUAUGUCAUCUAUUUGGUUAUGUAUCGUUUAGUUAUGUUUUUUGGGAAAAAAAAAGAUGUCACGAUAUUUAACAUUACAUCA